AUGUCGGCACCUGCCCUCCGAGGCAGCGGCAGCGCCGCUGCCACUGCCGCCACGCCAGCGGCCAGCACGCGGCGGCAGUACGCGCACGCUGCUGUGGCGGCGCAACGGGAUGGCGCUGCCUCUGCCGAGGACCCACCGGGCGGCCCGCAGCCUUCCGCCGUUGCGUCGGCGGCGGAGGUUUUCGGGCCCGCUGCAGCGGCGGCCGCGGCGGAGCGCGAGGCCGUACAUUAUUCGGGCGCCCAUGCGGAUUUGUACCUGGAUGAGCAGUACGUGGUGGGCCUCUUCCAGCGAUGCAAGCCCAGCGUCGUCCACAUUGCAUCCAUCGGCCAGCCCCGCGGCGGCGCUUUGUCACUCGACCCUGAACGCAUGCCGCUGGUCGGCAUGGGCACCGGCUUCGUCUGGGAUGCGGCCGGCCACUUAGUCACCAACUACCACGUCAUCCACGGCGCCAGCCGGGCGCAGGUGACGCUGCACAACGGCAAGAAGUUCAUGGCGCAGCUGCGGGGGGCGGAGCCCAACAAAGACCUGGCCGUCCUGAAGAUUGACGCGCCAUCGUCCGACCUCACGCCGAUCGAGGUGUUUGCCAUCGGCAACCCCUUCGGACUGGACAACACCCUUAGCGCCGGCAUCGUCAGCGGACUGGGGCGGGAGAUGCAGUCCAUCACGGGGCACCUGAUACGUGACGUCAUCCAGACCGACGCCGCCAUCAACCCGGCGGGCUUCGGCCUCGCGGUGCCGGCCGACACGGUGCGCCGCGUGGUGGGGCAGCUGGUCAAGCACGGCCGGGUGGUGCGGCCUGGCCUCGGCGUCAUGUGCAUGCACGACAGCCACAGCAGAGCGCUGCUGGGUGCGCAGCCCGGCAUAGUGGUGCACCGCGUCGUGCCGGGCAGCGGCGCGGCGCAGGCGGGGCUGCGGGGCGUGCGGCAGGACGACUGGGGCAACAUCUUCCUGGGUGACGUCAUCGUCCAGGUGGGUGACGUCAUCGUCCAGGUGGGGGGCCAGGCGGUCAACACCGUGGAGGAUCUCGUGGCUUGCGUGGAGCAGUUUGCGGUCGGAGACCAGGUGCCCCUGGCCGUUCACCGCUACUCAGGGGCGACCCACGUGGACCGCGCGUUCUCAAGGGUUGACCUGGCGGUGCCGCUGUUGACCGAGGUCAACGCGGCGGUUGACUGA